AUAUUAAGUUAGCAGUUAUUUGCACUCCUCUCCAGAAGGGGGCGAUAGUGGGUCAGGUCUGUUUUGUUGAGCAAUGUCAAGGUGCAACGAAGAGGAAACGAAAACGAACUAUUUUCAUCAGCGCCAUGUCGAAAAGAAAAGUCACAUUUGAGGACGGAAACGGGGAGCUGGACCUGGAAGAUGACGGCCUGAGUAAAAAGGUGAAGCAGAACUUUGAGGCUGUCAGUGGACCAGGCUCCAGAUUUAAAGGUAAACACUCCCUGGACAGCGAUGAAGAGGACGACGGCGACGGCGCAGAGAGCAGCAAAUACAAUAUUCUCGACACUGAUGAUGUGGAGGGCCAAGAAGGAGCGACAAUUGACUAUGACGAAGGAGUUUCCAUUACUCCUUUUAAUCUGGAAGAAGAGAUGCAAGAAGGACACUUUGACUCCGAGGGAAACUAUUUCAUCAAAAAGGAAACACAAAUUAGAGACAACUGGCUUGACAACAUAGACUGGGUGAGAAUAAAAGAGCAGCCUUUCAAAAAAAAGAAGAAAGGCCUUGCAGCGAAACGGAAAUGCAGAGCUGGCGAUGAGGACGAGGCUGAGGAAGAAAAACAGAGAGAAGAGCAGCAGGCCGACCAGGAAGAUGAGGAGGAAGAGGAGGCCGAGCCGGCAGAGGAUCCGCUGGCGUCCUUAACGCAGCAGCAGCUCACCGAAGCCGUAAUUGAGUUGUUGCAACCCGGAGAAACGGUCGCUACCGCCCUCCGGAGGCUGGGAGGACUCAGCGGACGAAAGAAGGCGAAGUUGGGGGAAGACAAAGAUCCCACAGAGAAGCCUAACCGGGACACGGAGAAGCUCGACAGGCUCACAGCGUUGGCGGACAGACUGGUCGGAUCCGGGAUGUUUGAAAUUUACCAGCAGACGUAUGAAAAACUGGCGUACAUGAUGAAGAGCAUGACCAGCAAGCGGCCGGCAGUGGAGCAGAAACGGAGCGGCGGUGAGAAGCAAGACGACGAGCUCGACAUGUUUGGGGACAAGUUUGACGAGAAGGUUGGAGAAAAGUCCGAAAACAAAGACGAGGAAGACAAAAGAGUGAGUGAUGAAGCCAUGUGGGAAUACAAAUGGGAGAACGAAGAGAAGUCUGAAAUCUACGGGCCCUUCACCAGCGAACAGAUGCAGGGUUGGGUGGAUGAAGGCUAUUUCAGCAGCGGCGUCUACUGCAGGAGGGUGGAUCAGGGGGGAUCUCAGUUCUACAACUCGAAAAGGAUUGAUUUUGACCUCUACACAUGAAUCAUGUGCAUCAGAUGAAUCGCAACCAAUGUUCUGUGUCAGCGUUUCCUGUUUUACGGGCUUUUUUCUGAGUUUUUGGUGUAAAUGGAAUAUUUUAACUCUGCCUUUUGCUUUCUGCAAGUUGUUUUUAAAUAAACUUUUGUCCUGGUCUGGAUAGAGGUCAUGUUAUGGGUGGUAAAUAUGUACAUUUUCAAAAUAAAAAAUCCAAAUGGCAGAAUAUCUUCAGCAGCAAUUUAAACCAAAUUGUUCUCAUGAUUGUAUUGAAGAAAAUGUUUUUCAGGAUACUUUACUGUAGAGUAACAUCCUAAAAAACUAAAGCUAGUUAUUAGACUGUAAGAUACAACUUAAAUUAGAUUUAGUCAGCUAUAAAAAUGGCCUUAGACAGUUUUCUACUAUGAUUUUCUGUUGUAAAACAUUAAGUCAAAAUCAAAUCUACCCAUCCACAAACAAAUUCUUGCAUUUUUCUUGUAACAUUAUAUAAGGUAACUGAUCACAGUUCACUGGAAAUCAAAUAGUCUGCUCCCAUUAUUUCACGUUUUAAAUCAAAUUCCACCUUUACAUGUAUUUAUGUGUAAGCCGUACAACAAAACAUUUGAGGUGUAUGUGAGAAGACAGUGUGCCACCGUUAAAAUAAAUGCAUAAAGUAAGAAAAGCUUAUAACCAAAUAUUUUAGUAGGUGAAAUACAAAAUAUAGUUUAAUAUACAUUAAUAGGCACAAUGAAAACCAUAUUGGCACCUCAAAAUAAGCUUACAUUCACAAAGAAGGCAGACAAGUGAAACCUGAAUUUUGUUGAAACUUUCUUGGUUAACUAGACUGUUUUGCCUUUUGUGAUGUCAUUGACUCAACACUAAAAGAAUGAGCAUCUUCCCUCUCCCCCUCCAUUUAUUGUGCAUUAAAAACAAUUGUAAAGUC